UUGGUCCCGUUACUGUUACCCUGUCCCCACCUGACACUACCUACACCAAGACUGAGGGGGACACGUUACCGGACAUCACCUGUACCGCUGACUGUAGACCUGGCUGUACCUUUGUCUGGACAAGACCUGACAACACCAACUUUCCUGCCUCAGCUGUGUUGUCACUAGGGCAACUGAACAGAUCAGAACGCGGGACGUACAGGUGUACGGCUAGGAAUGUUGUCAGAGAGUUGACCACAGUUACAAGUGUAACCAUAUUAUAUGGUCCUUCAACUGUGCGUUUGACCCCGUCAACUACAUCAUACUUUCCUAUAGAGGGACAGACUAUCCCCACCAUCACGUGUUCGUCUGACUGUAACCCAGUCUGUACCUACAGCUGGACAAAGGAUGGACAGCCCCACCCAGCAGGGUCAGAUCUCCAGCUCACCAACAUACAACGUGGUCAGACGGGAGUGUCCAUGUGUACGGCCAGUAACACAUACGGGAGUCGGACAUCUAGUGACGUCGGUGUUACUGUAAAGUACGGUCCUGGAAUGUCUACUUCAAUUUCACCACCGGACACUACUUACACCAGGACUGAGGGGGACACGUUACCGAACAUCACCUGUAUAGCUGACUGUAAACCUGGCUGUACCUUUGUCUGGACCAAACCUGACAACACACGCUUGACUGCCUCCGCUGUGUUGUCACUGGGACAACUUGACAGGUCACAACACGGGACUUACAGAUGUACUGCUAGAAAUAUUGCCGGGGAGUCAACUACAAGUGUUGUCGUUACAGUACAGUAUGUUCCUGGUACUGUUACCCUGUCCCCACCUGACACCACUUACACCAGGACUGAGGGGGACACGUUACCGGACAUCACCUGUACUGCUGACUGUAGACCUGAUUGUACCUUUGUCUGGACAAAACCUGACAACACCAACUUUACUGUCUCACCUGUGUUGUCACUGGGACAACUAGGCAGGUCAGAACACGGGCCGUACAGCUGCACGGCUAGGAAUGUUGUUGGAACAUCAAAGACAACAACAAAUGUUAUCGUACAGU